CACACACCGCACCAGCAGAAUUAGUCAAGCAACGUCGGCGGGGCGUUUCGAACAGCCUUCACCACACGCGCAAUAACUGAUAUUACUAGUUGGGCGCUCUCGACACAACGGCACAGACGUAGGCUACAGGAAGAAUAUCUGCGGAGUUUAUAGAUGAGCAGAUUAUAUAAAGUAGUGGUAUAAUAAAGUUUUGGACAAACGGCUGCAUAGAGAAGCGGUGAGGUGAGAAACAACCUCUCUGCCUGCCUGACUGCGGUCAUCGGAGACGAUGAGCUACUUUUGCUGGAACAAGCACGGGGAAACAAGGAAAGCGUGAGCCAUGGCUGUGGACGCUGCUUCCAGCUUCAGUUUCUGCCGUCCAGCUGUGGAGUACAGGGCGCUGCCUGAGGACUUUAAGCACCAGCUGAGCCGACGAACAGGUGGGAACCUGACCUGGCACGACGGGCGCGGUCAGAAGACAGCUGGGGGGAGGACUGUGAAGCUACUCCAACAGCCAGGGACAGAGGGCCACCAGAAUCGGUCAAGUGACUCCUAUGGGAUAUACCACACUAGCCCCACCCAGCCCAGCCUGAUCCGGCCUGUAGUACUGUGGACUCAGCAAGAUGUCUGCCGAUGGCUGAAGAAACACUGUCCUCACAACUACCUCACCUACGUCGAGGCCUUCUCCCACCAUGCUAUCACAGGCCGUGCUUUACUGCGUCUGAAUGGGGAGAAGUUGGAAAGGAUGGGGUUAGUGCAGGAGACAUUGAGACAGGAGCUCCUACAACAGGUUCUGCAACUGCAGGUGCAAGAAGAGGGACGCAAUCUGCAGCUGCUUAGCAGAGGCUCUUUUGGAAACCUAUCAUAACAGAUCUAUCAACUCCAGACUACAAGAAUACCUGGAUAUACUCUGGAAUUAUUGGACUUACUUCAACCGUAGCCUGCCGGAAAUAUGAAGCACAAGAAAAAGCAAGAACAUUGUUUUCACAUUACAACAGGCAUUUUUCUUGGAUUUGACAGUGUGGAGAUCAUACAUGAAGGAACUAUGUACUGCCAGCUCCAGUUCAUUUUCAGUCUGGUCAGUUGUAAUGGUUCCACAGUUUUUUUAACUCUAAAAUAUAACUCUCUACGUCUCUCUCUCUCUUUCUUUAUAUGUAGUAAAUCGCGUUUACAAACCUUUUUUCUGAAAAAAUUAAUAAAUUGUUUUUAUGAAUUAA